AUGGUCGAGAUUGAAGAGGUUGUAUCCGAUGAUUACGGAUUUAAACUAAUUGGUGAUAUUUCAAUUUCAGAUGCUAUAAAUUUAAAUCAACAUGCAUACGGAGAAGAAUUACGAUUAUUAGCGAUCCAUGAUAAACUGAGGAUCAUUGCUGCAUCGAACUCAAAGUCGCUCAAAUUCUUAUCGGCUGAUAAUUAUGAGAAAGUCGAUGACGUUGAAGGAAGUUUCAGCAUAACCCAAUUGUAUUUCACUGAUUCAAAAUUUUUCAUGUUAAAUGACAACGGCAUUCAAACGUUGACUCUUGAUCAAAUCAAACAAAAAGAUUAUCAAUUUUCAUCUACGGAAGGCAACUACUCUAAUUUGAAGCCAUUGGAUGACCAAAAUUACUUAGCAUUUGAUAAUGGCCAUCUAUACCACAAUUCAACUGAAAUAGCCUCCCAUGUGACGAAGUUUGCGUGGCACAAGUCAUCACCGAUUUAUAUUACCGAGUCAGAUCAAUUUCAAAUAAUGGAAAAACCCAUCGAGUAUGAUGAAGCAACAAAAGAUGAGUUAUCAGGCUCCCAUCUCGCUGAACUUAAGUCUAUCAAAGACUACAUUUUCCUCAUUUACGACACAAGUGAGGAGCAACCGUCUGACGACCAUCAAAUAAGAACCUUUUUACUCACGUAUGAAAACGAAAAGUAUACACCUUUUGAUAUUGAAAUUGCCUCGCCAUAUGGUGCAGCAUAUAGAACUACGACAUACUAUACUGCUUCCAUCACCAACUGGUUAGAAUCAACCCAACUACAAUUCAUCACCUCAUCCUUGUCAUUGGAGAUUGGUAUCCUUGAUGUUGCAAAUUCACCACCUGAAUCCAUCGUACCAUCCGAGGAUUCAAAUAAAGCAAAUUAUCCCAUUGAUGAUGAAACACAACUUGAUGUCUCGCCCAUUGGGUUUGCUAUUUCUAUGCAUGAAAUAAAUUCUAAGGUUGAUUCACCGUGUGUAGGAGUUGAGGGUGAAGUUGUUGGGAAGUUGCCUAAAAUGUAUGCGUUCUUGGAUAAUGGUAAAUUGAGGUCUUGGUGGGUUUUCAACAAGAAUGGCAUUUUGAAGGACAGGCUAUCCUUGGAGCGAGCUAUUGCUGAAAAGGCAUCAGAGAUGAUCAAUAAAGCUGAUAAGGCUGCGACUGACGCGAAGGACUCUAUUAAAACUGAAAUGAAUGCGCAAUCGGCAAAUACGCAACCAGCAAAUACGCAACCAGCAAAUACGCAACCAGCAAAUACGCAACCAGCAAAUACGCAACCAGCAAAUACGCAACCGGCAAACCCAUUCCAAACUGCAAACAAUCCAUUCGGUUCAUCCACUGCUGGUGCUUUCAGAAGUUCGGUAACAAGUUCUAAAACUGAAUCUGCUCCAGAGUCUACAAAAACCGCCUUUGGAUCUACCGCCUUUGGAUCUACCGCCUUUGGAUCUACCGCCUUUGGAUCUACCGCCUUUGGCGCUGUCCAAGCUCCAAAAUCUGCAUUUGGAUCAACCGGCUUUGGCUCUGGUCAAGCUUCAAAAACCUCAUUUGGGUCUACGGGCCUUGGCUCCUCCACUUUUGCUGCUUCAGGAUUUGGCUCCUCUGGCUUUGGAUCUUCUGGCUUUGGCACUUCUAGCUUUGGUACAACACCAAAUAAUAUCGCAAGUCCUGAGAAACUGAAACUUUCUUCAGGCUUUGGAAAGUUUAGUAAUCAACAGCCAGCAACCUUUGGUAACACAACUAGUGGUAAAAACAUAUUCGAUAAUGAAGAAAAAACGUCAUCAACGUUUUGCCAACCAUCUAGUACAUCUUCGCCAUUCGGAAAAUUAGAAAGCAAAUCUAGCUCACCUUUUGAUCUGAAACAACAGCAACCUUCGACUCAGGUGAAACCAAUGUUUGGAUUAGCAAGUGGAUCAAAACCAUUACCCUCGCCUUUCUCUACUUUAGGUAAAGAUACUAAAACAGAAGAAUAUGACAACACAAGACAAACUCCAUAUGCUAAUCUUACUGAAUCUUCCAAAGAGUCAACGCCAGCUGCUUUUGGCUCUACAACAGAAGUCGAAUCCAAACUGUCAGCACAAAAGGCUGCCCUGCCAAGCUUGCAAAAUGCAAAUUCAUUAUUCGGCAAGACUGGAACAAAUGACCUAGUAGCAGACUUUGGUGGAUUGGACACCAAUGAGAAGCCAAGUGGAGCAUUUGGUUCUAACUUUGUAGGUUCGAAAAGGUCUGCUGGUGCUUCUCCUUUUACACUGUUGCAGAAACCCAAUGCUUCUUCGCCUUUCGCAAACUUAGGUUCAACAAAAACACCAAUUACAGGAGAAAAGGAACACUUGCAGGAAGAUACUGAGAAAAAAACAGAUGCACAACUUAAUUCCCAAACUGUUGUCGCAAGUGGUGAAAACAAGCUCGAUGAAGACGAGGAUUCAGGUGAAGCGGAAACAAUUGACAAGGCGUCUGAAGAUGACACAAAAGAGGAGACAGAUUCGUUGGAUGAAUUUGAAACGACUGAAAACUACGAACUCUCUCAGGAUGACGAAGAAGACGAAGUUGACGAUCAAAAGUUCGUCGAUGAGUCUGAAAGGAACGAUUCGUCUUGGGUGAAUAUUUCAAAGAAAGAUGCGACUGGACGCAUUCUUGCACAAACAUUAGUGAACGUUAAACAUGAAGGAACCAUGGAUGAAGUUGAAGAAACAGAAAUUAUUGAGGAGGAACCUGGUGAAAACCCAGCCGAUGAGCCUAUAGAGCCAGUCGAUUUUUUAGUCUUUGAUGGAUUCUGUGAGUCAUUAAAAAAAAGUGACGAUCCAAUAACGAACAAAAUACGAACAAUUAUUGCCAACACUGAGGGUAAUUUGCAAUUUUUGGAAAAGAAUGUUGCUGCAGUCACAAAGUACAUAGACGCUCACAGUAUACCGGGAAAGCACUGGCAUAGAAUCGCUGAAGUAGACAAUUUGCAAUUUGACAAAGAUAUGUAUAAGGGGAAAUUGCGUUACUUGGAUGACAAAGAGACAGAGAUUGAGGAGUUGAAUUUUAAAUUGCAAGAGAGCCAACGUGAGUACAGAAAACUUGGUAAAUCAUUCAGCCAUUUGGCUUUGUUGGAAAAAGGUUCGAACAAGAAUUUGAAGUUUCUCAAAAAUAGACCGCUAGAGCCAAAUAAACAAGAAAUGAGAGAUAAGUUGAAGGCAAAGUUGGCCAGUGUUCAAUCAUUGGAAUCAAAGUUGCGAACUAUGCUCAUGCCUAUUAAAGCAAGGAGUUCUUUAAAUCUGUCUACAGUAGAUAAAAUCGAGGAAAUAUUACUGCAAUUAAAUGAUCAAGUUUUAGACCGAAAACUUGCUUUGACUGAGUUGGAAGAGCAGAUGAAAAGGUUGGAUUUGAGUGGAAAGUCAAAGAGCCCCACUCUUAAACCAAGAGCUGCCAAAUUGGAUUUGAGAAAGAGAUUGCGUGAGAUGAACUCGAUACGAAUCUCUCAAUAG